AUGGCCGACUGUGCCAAGUACGAAGUGGCCUCCCAGCACAAUGGGAAAAGUUCUCCCUUGGCUGGUGGGGCAAACUCAGAGCCCGACCAGGUAAAACUGAAGAAGGAGAUCUCACUAAUUAAUGGAGUGUGCCUAAUUGUGGGGAACAUGAUUGGCUCCGGCAUCUUUGUCUCUCCCAAAGGCGUGCUCAUGUACAGUUCCUCCUUUGGCCUUUCCCUGGUCAUCUGGGCUAUUGGGGGCCUCUUUUCUGUCUUUGGGGCCCUUUGUUAUGCGGAACUGGGCACUACCAUUAAGAAAUCUGGGGCUAGCUAUGCCUACAUCCUCGAAGCCUUUGGAGGAUUCCUUGCCUUCAUCCGACUCUGGACCUCCCUUCUCAUCAUCGAGCCUACCAGCCAGGCUGUUAUUGCCAUCACCUUUGCCAACUACCUGGUGCAACCCAUCUUCCCGAGCUGCUUGGCCCCCUAUGCUGCUGUCCGCCUGCUGGCUGCUGCGUGCAUCUGUCUCUUAACCUUCAUUAACUGUGCCUAUGUCAAGUGGGGAACCCGAGUACAAGAUCUAUCCACCUAUGCUAAAGUAUUGGCCCUGAUCGCGGUCAUCAUCGCAGGCAUUGUUAGACUUGCCACGGGAGGCUCGACUAAUUUUGAGGAUUCUUUUAAGGGCUCAUCAAAUAAAAUGGGUGAUGUUGCUCUGGCCCUGUACUCGGCUCUGUUCUCCUACUCAGGCUGGGAUACGCUCAACUAUGUCACUGAAGAAAUCAAGAAUCCUGAGAGGAACUUGCCCCUCUCCAUUGGCAUUUCCAUGCCCAUUGUCACCAUUAUCUACAUCCUGACCAACGUGGCCUACUAUACGGUGCUGGACAAGAGAGAAAUCCUGGCUAGUGAUGCUGUUGCAGUGACAUUUGCAGACCAGAUUUUUGGAGUAUUCAACUGGGCAAUCCCAUUGGCAGUUGCAUUAUCCUGCUUUGGCGGUCUCAAUGCCUCCAUUGUGGCUGCAUCUCGGCUUUUCUUUGUGGGGUCAAGAGAAGGUCACCUCCCUGAUGCCAUCUGCAUGAUUCAUGUUGAGAGGUUCACGCCAGUGCCAUCUCUGCUCUUCAAUGGCAUCAUGGCACUCAUCUACUUGUGUGUGGAAGACAUCUUCCAGCUCAUUAACUACUACAGUUUCAGCUACUGGUUCUUCGUGGGGCUAUCUAUUGUGGGCCAACUCUAUCUGCGCUGGAAAGAGCCUGAUCGGCUGCGUCCUCUCAAGCUCAGCCUGUUCUUCCCCAUCAUCUUCUGCCUCUGCACUGUCUUCCUGGUGGCUGUUCCACUUUACAGUGAUACAAUCAACUCCCUCAUUGGCAUCGGCAUUGCCCUCUCAGGCUUGCCUUUUUACUUCUUCAUUGUCAGAGUGCCAGAACUAAAACGACCUCUUUGCCUCCGAAAGAUUGUGGCAACCACCACAAAGUACCUUCAGAUCAUAUGUAUGUCAGUGGCUGCAGAGAUGGAUUUGGAAGAUGAGGAAGAAAUGUCCAAGCAACAAGACCCGAAGUCUAACUAA